AUGAAUGAACCAGUGUUAAUUAGUUUUGAAAUACCAGAAAAUCUACAAAUAAUAAAUGGAAAGAAUAUUGAAAAUAAAGAUAUUAAUAAAUUUAUUAUUCCAUCUUCAAUUACUAAAUUAGGAUAUGAUUGUUUUAAAGAAUGUACAUCAUUAAUAUCAAUUAAUAUACCAUCAUCAAUUAAUGAAAUAGGAAAUGAUUGUUUUUAUAAAUGCUCAUCAUUAAAAUCAAUUAAUAUACCAUCAUCAAUUAAUGAAUUAGGGGAUGCGUGUUUUUAUAAAUGUAAAUCAUUAACAUCAGUUACUAUUCCAUCUUCAAUUACUAAAUUAGGAAUUUGUUGUUUUAGAAGAUGUAAAUCAUUACAAUCAAUUAAUAUUCCAUCAUCAAUUACAUCAUUUGGAGAUGGUUGUUUUGAUGGAUGUACAUCAUUAACAUCAAUUAAUAUACCAUCAUCAAUUACUAAAUUAGGAAUUUGUUGUUUUAGAAGAUGUAAAUCAUUACAAUCAAUUAAUAUACCGUCGUCAAUUAGUAAAUUAAGAGAUGAAUCUUUUUAUGAAUGUUCAUCAUCAAAAUCAAUUAAUAUACCAUCAUCAAUUACAUCAUUUGGAAAAUCUUGUUUUUAUAAAUGUGGAUGUAAAGAAGAAUUAAAGAAAAAUAAAAGAAUACCAAGAAAUUGUUUUGAAUGGUGGUGA